CAAAGUCUCUAUGCAGAAUUACGUGUGUCGCUGCUUCUUUACUCGUAAUCUGUACGUGAAAAAGUACAAUGCACAUCUAGUGUAUGAGGACGACGAAACCUUUCGGGAACAAAAUGCGAAGAUAUUGCAGGCUAGAGGAUGUGUGUCUGAUGGGCAAGUUGCGGACAUCUUGUUUCUGGUUAGAUUAGAAGUGCAAAGACGAAAGGAAAUGUUUAAUGAGUCAAAGAGGAGACAAAGAGUUAUAGCACAAACUUAUGUUCCUCUUCAUCCAGAGAUCUACAUGCUACGGGAGUCACAACUUGAUGCUGGUUUUCUUCAUGUCGUAAAGUACUGCAAGACUGAAGCUUCAAAUGCACGUGAUGUUAUCCAGUUACUAAAGUCAGAGCAAGCAGAGAGAGUUUAUUCAUUGCCAAUAUUUACAAAACGAUUUUGUAUUAAAUUUGUCGAGGAGAUGGAACAUUUUGAAUCCAGCUCAAUGCCAAAAGGAAGACCAAACACAAUGAACAAUUAUGGUGUUUUAUUAAAUGAAUUGGGAUUUGACGAAGGGUUUAUUAGUCCACUUAGAGAGCAUUAUCUGAACCCUAUUGCUCAUCUUCUCUACGAAGAUUAUGGUGGUGGGAAGCUUGAUUCUCACAAGGCGUUUGUUGUUAAAUAUAAGGAAGAUGAGGACACAGAAUUGGGCUUCCAUUAUGACAAUGCAGAAGUGACAAUCAAUAUAUCGCUGGGAAAAGAAUUUACUGACAGUCAGUUGUAUUUCGGAAAAAUGAGAAAUCAGGUGCACACCAACAUCAGUUAUACCGAAUGCGUUCAUGUAGUAAGCCAUGGCAUUUUGCAUCGAGGUCAGCACAUGCAUGGAGCUCUGCCUAUCACCAGCGGUGAGCGAUACAACCUAAUUAUCUGGAUGCGAGCUUCCAGUGUGAGAAACAAACUCUGUCCGAUGUGUGAUCAGCAGCCUCAACUUGUACCCACAGAAGGAUGGGGAGAUGGUUUCACUGAACACCCAAGUCCAAACAGAGAAGAUGGCAACUUUGUUCAAUCUUGCUCACUUUUAUAACAUGGCAAAUCUUACUUUGUCCAACCAUUG